GUAUUACAUUCUCUAUGGAUGCGGUAAUUCCGACGUGUGUUAGGUCAUAGACUUGUUAAUUUCAUCCUGUUUUUUAUAAAGCGAAAGUAGCUUGGUCAAAUGAGGACACCAUCUGGCAAUGAUAGGAGUGCAUGGGUUUUGAAAGAAUGUUAUUCAACGUAAAAAUCAAUGGAGAGGGUUCGUUCCCUCCAAGCACUGGACUCGCAUGCUCAGAUUAGCCCCAUUAGGAUCGCUCGCAAUGAUGCUUCAAAAGCCAAAGAAAUCGAGGAGACGUUAGAGAGAUGGUCGUACUGGCGUUCAAUUGAGGUAAAGAAACGUCAUAGUCAUAACACGAAGACACCAGAAAAGGACGUAUUUUUAAGAGAACUCGAAAGUGAAGUUGAUUGGGAAAAGGAUAGAGCGUACUCAAAGGGAUCAUGUUUUGCAAAUCUACGAAUGUCUAUGAAAGCUGAUUGUUUGGCCCGACUCGCAUCCCUGUAUAAGAAUCAAAGUUUCUAACUGUAUUGCAAGGGGUG